CAUUCACCUUGUGGCCGUUGAAAAUUCGAAAACCAGAAACGCAAAGAACACUACCAAGCCAGCAAUAGACCGAUCAGUUGAACCAGAAAAAUAAAAAGGCUGGAUUAGGGAAAAGGGGGAAAGAAGAAGAAAAAGAAAUCAGGAAACACUCUCAGAUUCAGAUUUUAUUUCUGCUUUCUUUCUCUGCCUUGGCUGGGCGACGGCGACGAAUCUCAGCAGGGCCACGCUCUGUUUGAGGUAUAUAGAGGUUCUGCGAGAUUGAAGUUUUUGGAUUUUGUUUCGGAGAAAGUGCAAAGGAAAAAUGGCGAGGAUCAAACCUCAAGCUCUGUUGCAACAGAGCAAGAAGAAGAAGGCGCCGAGCAAGAUCAGCGCCACCACUUUUAUGUUCUGCGGCUUGAUUGUUGUUCUAGCUCUGUUUUUUCUCUACUCCACCUACACUCACCGCUCCAUAAGGUCUAGCAUCCAGAGGUCUAAUACUGACUCGGAGCUUGAGUUGCAGGAUGAUCAUGGGCUUAUGGAUUUGAGGAAAUCUGAUAUCCCUGGGUACGCGAUCUUUACUACAUCAAAAGGGCCAAUAACUGUGGAGCUUUUCAAGGACAGCUCUCCUGAAAUUGUUGACAAGUUCAUUGAAUUAUGUCAAAAGGAGCAUUUCAAGGGGAUGCACUUUCUUCGUGUGAUAAAGCAUUAUGUGAUUCAAGCAGGGAACACUGAUAAUCUUGGCAAUACAGAGGAUUGGACUGUGAAAGGGAAGCACCAUGGCCAACUUCAUGCAAGCCUGAAACACGAGGCCUUCAUGGUUGGAACAUCCAAGGGAAAACGUGAUGACAAAGGAUUUGACCUUUUCAUCACAACUGCACCAAUCCCAGAUCUGAGCGAGAAGCUGGUGGUUUUUGGGCGGGUUGUUAAGGGAGAAGAUGUGGUUCAGGAAAUCGAAGAGGUGGAUACAGAUGAACACUACCAGCCUAAAAGUCAAAUAGGGAUCAUCGGUGUCACUCUUAAGCAGAAGGUCUAGACUGCGCACUGAUUUGAAGCCCUUUCACACGGCAAGUACUGCUUUCCAUUGGAAGAAGAAUGACAUAAUUUUCGAGAUCCAGGCACUUCACCCAACAGGCUAAUCUCCAGCAGUAGUCCUUGUCGAAGUUCAACCUAUAAUUUUUGGGGGUUCCCAGUGGCAGGAAUGACUUCAGUUUUGGAGAAAGCAACUGGUGUAUUUAGGAGUCAUAUCUCAUACGAGAUGUGGGAUGUAAUCUGUACUCGAUUUCGGAUAAAGAUCGUCACAUUGUGCUGUCUUUGGAAGUUGGUCAUGGUUGUAAAUGAUUCUCUUGUGUCUGCAUUAAUUGGGCAUUCCAUUUACUUUCUCCACUUCACUGAAGCAAACUUCUCAAGUAAAAAUAAUGCAGUGGGAAAUUCCCAGGAAAUGGAAAGAACAAAAACAAGUCACACAAUCAAUUCUCAAGAUUUCUUCCAACUCACGCAGCCUCUACCAUAUCAAGCAACUUCUUUAGUUCCUCAUCUACUUCGAUGCCGUCUCCCUCCAACCUCUCACGCAUACCAGGAGCCGAUUCGCCAGCAGCUACAUAAGUCUUCAGCAACUGGCUAUACACAUUGUAAUCGCACUGUUCGAUCUGCAUCAGUAUCUUGACCAGCUUCUCAGCUCCACUGACAUCCUUCUCUUCCUCAAAAAAGCUAAAGAAAGCCGCCACAGUCUCCUGACCCGGCCGCCAUGGCUUCUUGUUCACCCCGAUCUCUGAGAACGCCGCCUUCAUCUGCUGCAAUGCCGAUUCCAGCUGCCGCCUCUUCAAGAACGAGAUCAUCAUCAUCUCCCGAGCCCUGAAGUAAGGCCCUUGAGUUCUCUUCGUCGCCCCAUCAAACACCAUUUCAGCUUCUUCAUACAUCCCUUGCUCCAGAUAUAACUUUAUAGCGGCAUUUGCAAUCCUCAUGUCGUAAGUCGAGCAGACAGAUUCCCAUUCUUCGAACACCCUCGAGACACCCUCGACAUCUUUCAGCCUCGCCAGGGCCAAAACCAUCACCAGGUAGCUCGAAUUGGUGACCUGAUGGAACUUCGACUUGAUGCAUCCCCACACUCGGUGGACUUCUUCAAGAUCCCCCGUGCCAGCGUAGAGUGUGAUGAGGAAGUGAUAUGCAUCGCGGUUGGGGGAAUCGAUCUUUUGCUCCAGCAUCUUGAGAGCCGAUCUGGCUCUCUCGAGGUCGCCCGCGUUGCUGUAGACGGCGGCUAAAUUGCUGUAAGUAGUCCAGUCGGUCUUGUCUUCUCCUUCUCCUCGCAUUUCUUCGAGCACCUUGUCGACUCCUUCCAUGUCUUUCAGCUGACCUAGGCUCUGCAUCCAUACGUUGUAGGUGAAAGUGCAGGGAGCGAUAUUCUUCUGCUUCAUCUGAGUCACGAGAUCGGGGACCUUCUCGGGCUGGCGGAGUCUCAUGUAGAGAGACAUCACAUUGUUGAAAGGCAAUGAGUUUUUGAUCAACUGCAGCUCGUCCAUUUUGCCGAACAGUUGGAGUGCUUUCUCUGAAUCGAGCUCUUUGCAGUAGCAGUUGAGUAAAGAUCCGUAAGUGGGUGUACUCUUCCCCAACUCCGGCAGUCCGUUGAAGUAACUCUCAGCUUCCUUUAUCCCUUUGGUUUUGCAGAUGAGAUCCAGCCGCACUCCUAAAUCGCCAUGGGCAAAGUUGAUCCCUCUUUUCUCCAUCCAGUCCAUUAUCUCGAGGCUGUGGUCGAAGCGGCCGUACUUCCGAAGCUCUUUAACGCAGCGCAUCAGCUCGAUUUUCCUGAUGGCUCUUCCUUCCAUCAGGUAGUCGUUCAACGCCUUGGUCACCGUCCCGCCGGUGGCUCCUAGGGCAGACAAUAUUCGGUACAGCCGUGGCUGUCUUGCGGCGUAGCCUGGUCCUGGAUAUGAAGACUCCGGAGCCGCCGUUGAAAGCUGCCUCCCUGUCCAUGUUCUUCUUCCAUUUCCGAUCAGCCGACCAGGGUUUCGCCACAUUUUCCGGUAGGGUUUUAGAGAAAAAAAUUCAGACUGUUAGUGCGAAGCCUUUACUUUUCUGCUCCCGUUUCUUGUAUUCACCUAGCAACAAACAGAAGCACGG